AGUAGACCUUUGAACUGUGGCAUGGCACCAAAGGGGUCAAAAUUGACACCAAAUUGAGUGCCCUUAUCAUAGUACAACAGCCUAAUUCCUCCAUGAACCUGGGCAAGCUUGCUAGCCACUGAUAUAUUAUGGCUGCUGAGGGUAUUGGAAAGACAAGACUUGAGAGAGAAAAUAUAGUGUAUGACAAGGAUGGAAAUGCAUACAUCCCUGCUAGUCAGAGGCCAGAUGGUACUUGGAGGAAGGCCAUUCGAGUGAAGCCAGGCUACAUCCCACCAGAGGAGGUCCCAGUCUAUCAAAGCAAGGGAAAAAUCCAGUCUGAGACCCCUACCAGAUACAUAGCAAAAGAAGUGGAAGGACAGAUGAGUAAAAUGUCCAUCCUCACAGGAUCUCCCGAAAAUGACAGUUUUGGUCCUGUACUGAGCAAGUCUCAAAAAAAAACCUUGAAAAAGAAGGAAAAGAAAAAAGCAGCUCCUGCCCCAGCAUUUGAAAUUGAAGAAGUCAUCACGCCUACAAGGAAAAAUACCAAUACUGGGGCUGAAAGUCAGCCUAUUGAUACGGUUAGUCAACCUAGUCAGCCAGUGAUUGAGAAUUGUGGGGAAGCAGAAAAAGUGUGUGAUUUGAAACAUGCGAGAACUCUGCGAAAGAAACUGAAGCAAAUAGCAGAGUUAGAGUCAAGAAUAGCAUCAGGUGACAUAAAGAAACCAGAUCAGUGUCAAAUGGACAAAAUUGCUAUGAAAAGCAAAUAUGAACAAGAAUUAGCAGAUCUGUCAUGAGAAUUAAUUUUAUAAUUAUACAACAAAUUAUUUAAGAUCGACCUACUCUCAUUUUCACCAAUAUAUUUUUGUGUAUAAAUUGAAGCUAUACAUGUAUAGGAGAAAAUUGUUUGUACACGCUGA